AUGAAUCAAAAUGUUCCUAUUCCACAACCACCAAUUCAGUCUUCAGACCAAGAUUCAAUUUUGAAGUCUAUGAUGGAGAAGUUCUUAGCUGCUCAACAGAAACAAGGAGAAAUGAUUCAACAAUUAACUUCAAGGAUAGAUCAGCUUGCCACUCAUAAUAGGAUGUUGGAAAACCAAAUAGCUCAACAAGCAAGCUCUUUUAGCAAAGCACAAGGAAAACUUCCAAGUCAACCAGAGAAUCCUAGAGAACAUUGCAAGGUAGUGAUCCUAAAGAUUAAUGAGGAAGUAAACAAGAAGAAGGAAGUUGAAAAAGAAGAAGAGGAAAACUAUGUGCCUCCACCACCAUACAAGCCACCAUUGCCAUAUCCUCAGAGGUUUCAAAAAGUAAAACUAGAUAAGCAGUUCAGUAAAUUUUUGGAAGUUUUGAAGAAAUUAUACAUCAACAUUCCAAUUACAGAUGCAAUUUUUCAAAUGCCCUCAUAUGCUAAGUUCCUGAAAGAAAUUUUAUCAACCAAGAGGAGACUAGAAGAUUAUGAAAUUGUGGCACUAACAGAGGAGUGUGGUGCUCCCUUACAGAAUAAGCUCCCACUGAGGUUGAAAGAUCCAGGAAGUUUCUUUAUUCCUUGUCAUAUUGGGGACACUAGCAUUGAUAAAGCAUUGUGUGAUCUUGGAGCUAGUGUAAGUUUGAUUUCACUCUCCAUUUGUGAAAAGUUGAAGAUUGGAGAAUUGAAGCCAAUAACCAUUUCUUUGCAACUAGUUGAUAGAUCUAUCAAAUAUCCAGUACCCUAA